AUGCCCUCGCCCGGCGCGACCGCGGACGUCGACGCCGUGAUCGCCGUGCCGCCGCCGAAGCUCGAGACCCUGGACGCGAUCGAGACCCUCGCGGCGCGCGACGAGGACGCCGCGCCGCGCGGAGGACGCGGAUCGUCGGAGGGUGGUGGGAAAAGAAGGCACGCCGCGCGCGACGACGACGACGACGACGCCGAAGCCGAUCGCGCCCAAGGUGAGCGCCCGCGCGCGCGGUCGAACGACACGGCCACGCGCUCGAAGAUCGUCCUCCUCCUCGGCGACGCGGUACGCGACCCGAGCCCGCUGUUCGAGCUCGGCGUGAAGAUCGAGAGGGCGCUGUUCGAGGCGCACGGAGAGGACGCGUCGAACGGGGAGUAUCGCGCGAGGGCGCGCUCGAUCGCGUUCAACCUCGCGAAGAACGAGUCGCUGCGCGUCGGCGCGCUCGCGGGGGAUAUCGCGCCGGCGACGAUCGCGCGGAUGACCCCGGACGAGCUCGCGACGGAGGACAUGCGGAACGCGCGGAAGAAGAUGGAGGAGCGGCUGACGCGGAAGCGCACGCGGACGAACAUGGACGGCGCGACGGAGACGGACGCGUUCGCGUGCGCGCACUGCCGCUCGACGCGAUGUCAGUAUUUGCGCGUGGGGCAGGUGCGCGACCUAGGCAAGUCGGAGACGUGGGGGAACAAGGACGCCGCGGACGACGCGAAGGUGCUGGUGAGAUGUUUAGAAUGCCAGGCGGAGUGGAACGAGUCUACGCUGUGAGCGACGUCGGCGCGGUGGUCGCGCGAAGCGUAGGUAUGAUAGCGUAGGUAGCCCAGCGCGGCGUUCGAUGUUAGCUCUGAAACGAACGCGGCACCGACAGGACAG